GACCACCCUGGUUAAGCCCUCUCCAACCCAACCCCUUGUUUCAGACAAAGAUAGAAAGUUGAAACAAACAGAGAGAGAGAGAGCUCUGGAGCUUGUGAGCGAUUCUUAGCUUUUUCACAGAGAGAGAGAGAGUGAAAGUUGAGAGAAUUGGUGAAGAAUUGAGAGGAAGAGAGAGAGAGAGAGAGAGAGAGAGAGCUUAGCUUUGAGGUUUCUUUGAAGUGCUAGGGUCUUUGAUUCAGCUGAGAGAGUGAUUGAGUUCUUGGUUUGAGCUCUGAAGCUGUUGAACUCGAAGAGCUUUGAGAGAAAAGCUUUUGGUUUGAGCUUUGAAGCUGUAGAAUUCGAAGAGAUUUGGAGUUUUUGGUUGAAGGAAUUUUGAUUCUCGUUUGUGUGAGAAAGAAAGAGAAAGAGAGAGAGAGAGCUGCGAAUUCUAGAGAGAGAAAGAGAGAGAAAGAAAGGGAAGGUUUUUUUUUAUCAGAUGAGAGAUCUGUGGUAAUUGUUGAAGCUAACGGAAAUGUCUUCGUCGGAGGUAAUCGGAAAAGGAAAUCCGGCAACCGCCGGCUACAACGACCACCACCACCACCACCACCACCACCACCACAACAAUAGCAACAACAACAACAACAACAACAGUGAUAGUAGAAACAGUAGCGAAGGGCAAAAAGGUCAUUCUACAUUUUCCGGCACCAGUAAAGACGCAGAAACCGCGCUUUACAGAGAGCUAUGGCACGCUUGUGCUGGUCCUCUCGUCACUGUUCCUCGCGAAAACGAGCGCGUCUUCUAUUUCCCUCAGGGCCACAUCGAACAGGUUGAGGCGUCUACUAAUCAAGUAGCGGACAAGCAGAUGCCUUUAUAUGAUCUUCCUACUAAGAUCCUUUGCAGGGUUAUCAAUGUACAAUUGAAGGCUGAACCAGAUACGGAUGAGGUAUUUGCACAAGUGACUCUAAUUCCCGAGGCAAACCAAGAUGAGAAUGCGGCAGAGAAGGAACCUCCGCCACCUCCACCGCCACGAUUUCAUGUACACUCGUUUUGUAAGACACUGACGGCUUCGGAUACAAGCACUCACGGUGGUUUUUCAGUGUUGAGACGGCAUGCAGAUGAAUGUCUCCCACCACUGGACAUGUCAAGGCAGCCUCCAACCCAGGAGUUGGUCGCUAAGGACUUGCACGGAAAUGAGUGGCGGUUCAGGCAUAUCUUUAGGGGUCAACCGCGAAGGCACUUGCUUCAAAGUGGUUGGAGUGUUUUUGUAAGCUCAAAAAGGCUUGUUGCUGGGGAUGCAUUUAUAUUCCUAAGGGGUGAGAAUGGGGAGCUUCGUGUGGGUGUCAGACGUGCUAUGAGACAGCAGGGUAAUGUUCCAUCAUCGGUCAUAUCCAGUCACAGCAUGCAUCUCGGUGUACUUGCCACUGCAUGGCAUGCCAUCUCGACUAAAACUAUGUUCACUGUUUACUACAAGCCUAGGACAAGCCCUGCUGAGUUUAUUGUUCCCUACGAUCAGUAUAUGGAGUCUAUCAAGAAUAACUACUCUAUAGGGAUGAGGUUCAAAAUGAGAUUUGAAGGUGAAGAAGCUCCUGAACAAAGGUUUACUGGCACCAUAGUUGGACUUGAAGAUGCGGACCACGAAAGGUGGCAAAAAUCCAAAUGGAGAUGCCUCAAGGUGAGAUGGGAUGAAACGAGUACUAUACCUCGUCCAGAGAGAGUUUCACCUUGGAAAAUAGAGCCUGCUCUAGCUCCUCCUGCACUGAAUCCCCUUCCAAUGUCAAGGCCAAAAAGGCCCCGAUCAACCAUGGUGCCAUCAUCUCCUGACUCCUCUGUUCUUACCAGGGAAGGUUCAUCAAAAGUGACUCUAGACCAUUCACCAGUAAGUGGGUUUUCUAGGGUCUUGCAAGGUCAAGAGUUCUCGACCUUGAGAGGCAAUUUUGCAGAGAGCAAUGAGGCUGACACAGCUGAAAAGUCUGUUGUGUGGCCACCUUCACUAGAUGAUGAAAAGAAUGAUGCGGGUUCGGCAUCAAAAAGAUAUGGUUCAGAGAGCUGGAUGGCCUCAGGGAGGCAUGAACCAACUUGCACAGAUUUAUUGUCAGGAUUUGGGGCUACUGCUGAUUCCUCCAAUGGGAUUUGUACAUCCUUUGUUGACCAACCUGGAGUAGCUGUUAAUCUUCUAAGAAAACCACCAGUGAAUCUGGAAGGCAAGUUUAACUUGCUUCCUAGUCCGUGGUCCUUCAUGUCAUCCAGUCUCUCACUUAACUUUUCGGACUCUAAUCUGAAAGGUCCUGUGCAAGGUGGUGAUGGAGUUUAUCAAGCACAAGGCAAUCCUAGAUAUGGUGGCCCUACUGAGUAUCCUGCACUUCAAUGUCAUAGAGUUGAGCACUCACAAGGAAACUGGAUGAUGCCUCCCCCAUCCCAAUGUUUUGAGAAUCCUGUUCAUUCAAGAGACUCAAUGCAAAAACCCAUGCUGGUACAACAAUGUGAGGCUGUGAAACCUAAGGAUGGGAACUACAAGCUCUUUGGCAUACCCCUUAUCAGUAAUCCUGUUACAACAGAGCCAGUAGUGGCACCUAGGAACAUGAUGAAUGAGCCAACGGGUCAUGUGCUUAAUACUUCACACCAGGCUCAUACUCUUGACAUUGAUCAAAAGUCAGAACAGUGGGGCUCUAAAUUAGCUGAUCAUCCACUUCCUGUUAAUGAGAAGGAGAAGCCAGUGCAAACUUGUCAGCAACAUUCAAGAGAUGUGCAAGGCAAAUCACUAGGCAGUUCAACUAGGAGUUGUACUAAGGUUCACAAGCAGGGGAUUGCACUUGGUCGAUCCGUGGACCUAACUAAGUUUAACAAUUAUGAGGAGCUGAUUGCUGAAUUGGACCAGUUGUUUGAAUUUGGCGGUGAACUAAUGGCUCCCCAAAGGAAUUGGAUGAUUGUAUAUACCGACGACGAGGGUGAUAUGAUGCUCGUUGGGGAUGAUCCCUGGCAGGAAUUUUGUGGUAUGGUUCGCAAGAUUUUCAUCUAUACCCGAGAGGAGGUACAGAAAAUGAACCCAGGGACCCUAAAUUCUAAAGGUGGGGAGUUUCAAUCUGCUGCUGAAGGUGGGGAUGUGAAAGAAGCGAAAUCUCAGACAUUUCCUCCAGCAUCUACUGCUGAGAAAUGUUGAGGCCCUGGCUCUUGUGGAUUUUAGUCUUUGGAGGAGAGUGCUGUACAGCCAUUCCAGUUGGUGAAAUGUUAACUAGUUUUGAGAUGGAUGCGAGUCUCACCCUCUUUUAGAUCAGCUGCUUCUUUGUCUCUAAAAUCAGAUAUAGAUAUCCAAUUUUGGACAUUGCGGAGUUAGUAUUUUAUGGUGUCCCAGUUAUAUACAUAAAAUAUGUAUACCCUCAUCUUGCGAGUGACAUCCCCCCUUUUGUGUACAUAGUUGUAUUACCUCCGCCUUUCCAUCCUCCAUUUAAUGUAAGUAAGAACAUACAUCGUUCUAAUGUUUUUGGUUAAGAAGAAUACAAUCGUCUAGUGUUUCAAUUUU